CGUCGCUUCGAUGGAGAUACUUCUCCGGUUAUUAACAUCCGUUAGAUAUGAAUUCAUAUGAAAGACAGAUCUGUACCGUCGGAUUAAAAUCAUCCUUAUUGAAAAAUUAAGCAAACAGUGAAAUCGUCUCUCUGCAUUUUCUUCUUCUUCCUCCUCUCUCUCGCUGCUCCUCCCGAAGCUCUGAACGAUGCCGAGGUAUUACUGUGAUUAUUGCGAUACUUAUCUCACCCACGAUUCCCCAUCGGUGAGGAAGCAGCACAACGCCGGUUACAAACACAAGGCGAAUGUGAGGAUAUACUAUCAGCAGUUUGAGGAACAGCAAACUCAAAGUCUGAUUGAUCAGAGAAUUAAAGAGCAUCUUGGCCAAGCUGCUGCGUACAAUCAGGUUGGUGGUGCGUUUAACCAGCAUAUGCUCGCUAGACCUCGCCUUCCUAUGAUGCCUAUGCCUAUGGGGAUGCGCCCUCCUCUUCUCCCUAGACCCAUGAUACCUGGUCAAGGUUACAUGCCUCCUCCGGGAGUACCACAGAUGAUGGCACCGCCUGGUGCUCCUCUACCUCCGCCUCCACAAAACGGUAUGCUUAGGCCACCAGGAAUGGCUUCACUACCUGGUCAAGGUGGUGGACCGCCUCCCAAUUAUAAUGGACUUCCUCUUCCUCCGCCUCCUCCUUAUCAAACAAAUCCAGCUGCUGCUGCUCCGCCGAGCGGUGGUGGCUUCAACAAUCCUAACCCUGGUGCUGAAUCUCCUGAAAGCAAUGAGUAGAGUUUACGUCUGAUGAGUGUCAUUUCUCCCCUACUUCCAAAAAUUCCCAGGGCUCUUGUUUAGCAUUACUUUUUCUAGUUAAUGUAUGUGAAGUGCAUAAUUUUUAUGUGCUAUAUUUUUCUUUUUGUAGAAUGUUGAAAGGUCUACUAUAACAAACAUCAGUCAGGUUUAUGAAAGAUUUUGAUAAUA